AUCUAAAAACAGAGACUGAAUUAAAACAUUUCUAGUCAUCAAAUCUUGGUGUUAUCGUAACUUGACGACGUUGUUUCUAUAGUAUAAACUUUUGACAAGAAUAAAACACAAUUUAGUAUCAACACAAAUGUCUUGCUCUCCAGAUAUACUUAGUGAAGAUUUCUCGCACAAGACAUCUCAUACAGUUGACUCUACUGCCCCGAUUCUUUUUCAACAGAAAGGCGAAUCUUUCAAAAAAAAUUGCAUGACAGGUAUGAAUGACAAGAAGGUCUAUGUAGAAGGCAACGUAUGUGAUAGUCCAAGUAAACCACAUAUGAUUGAUUCUUUAUCUAAAGAGGAAAAUCCUUGUGGAAGUCUAUGUUCUGAAAAUCAAGGUUGUGCCUUCCACUCAAAUACAACUUUUGAUAAAGAUUCCGACUCGCGCUGUUUCGAUAAACGAGUUGAGGGAAAUUUUUUUUCAUGUCAAAUAAGGAAUAUACCCAAUGUGCCAGUGAAAAAAAUGUUACUCGACAUUGGGCGUGAUUUAAAUAAAUCGGAAGAUGAAAUGGCUCCUUUUAUUGAACUAUUAGUCUGCCAUCAAUGGAUUGAAAAUCUAUCUCAUUUAAAGUUAAUGACUAUUUCGGAUUGGGAAUCUUUAAAGCUCCCGUAUCAACUUUUCAAAGCAAUUCAAGAAAAGCUAGAAGAGCCGUACACUGCGCAAGUCAGUAAUGAUUCUACACAAUGUUCUGAAUCGGAAAAUACGCCUUUCGAUCAACAACAAAAUAACACUCAAUCUUGCACCCAACAAGAUCUAAGCAAGCCACAUAGCGUUCCCGUACCAUCAAGUGACCUUGUGGAAUUUGUCACGGCUGUAUGCAAAGCCAAUACUAUUCCAAAUCAUCAGAAAGAUCAAGCUUUACACUGUUUGUGUGAAAAGCAAUGGUUCAAUUCUAUAGAUGACAUUAAAUCUUUAACCACAGAUGAAUGGGACUCUUUGAAUGUACCCUUAAACGUGUCCAAAGCUUUACAAAACGCAUUAGCUGACACUUCGGAAGCUUCUUUAAAUAGCCUGCAUCUUCGCGAAAUCAUCUUUACCGCUGGUUUGGCAUUAAAUCGUUCUCCAAGUGAUUUAGUCCAUGUUUUUGAAGUGUUAACUACUUAUGACUUGAACGCCAUUGAAUCUUUUUCAAAGGAGGACUGGCUGCAAAUGAAGUUACCCUUGAGGUUAUAUGAUGAAAUCUUGGUACAAAUUCAACAAUGGAAAGGAAGACACAACAAUGAGCAAAUAACUUUUCCUGCGAAAAACUUACAAAAGACUGAGGAAACACUUACAAAAAAGCUGCAUUACAAGAAUUUCGAUCCUUCGUAUAUUGUAACUUCUUUAAAAGAUUUUCAAGAAAAAUGUGUCACGGUGGAAGAUGUAUUAAUUCAAGCGGGAAAACUUGUAGGAAAAACAGAAGAAGAAAUUAGCCUUGUGAUACAAAAAGUUGUGAAAGAUAAUUGGAUUACCUCUUUACACAAUUUAAGUAACAUGCAGUAUUCCGAUUGGUUAAAUGUUGGUAUACCCAAACGAUUAGCGGACGCAUUAACAACUGUUCUUUGCAAUCCUUCUCUAUUGAAAUUAACGUUAGUUCAAUUUUCGGAUGAGGGCCCUAAUUUGUACUUUGAAAAUAUAUUUGCUUCUAUUUGGCAAAUGGAAGCUGAAAUCCCAAUCCAGCCAUUACAAGAUGUGGUACGAAGCUUUGUAAAACUGACAGAAAAUAUUUUGUGUGACCCUUUUGUUGAAUCAAAACGGAUCAUUCGCAAGUCCAAUGUUUACUUUAAAAAUCUUUUAACGAAAUAUAAAUCCGUUCGAACAUUUGUUCAUAGUCUCGGUUACGAGGAGUUGAGAUCGGUUUUCGCUCUUUUUCUUGUUUCUAUCGCCCGAUUCACACAAGCACAUGCUAUUUUAACCAAGUUAGCAUGUAUUCUGAGAAAUCGUUCCAAAAUAUAAAACACUGGUGGAAACAUCAAUUUUUCUAUUAACGAUAUUUUCACUUUCAUUUUAUUAUUACUGUACUUAUUCUUUUUGGAAAAAAAUUUAAACUCUAUCACUUUUAUACUUUUUCCUUAACUUUUCCGCACAUUG